GGGGAGAUACAAAAGCAGCAGUAGUAUAAACUUUUUGUUUAAGGGCCUUAAGCAGUGUUGGAACCUGGAAGUGAUGCUGAUAUUGGAGUAAGGGUGUGAUUGAGCCCACUACGCACUACCAUCCAGAAUCUGACUCAGCAAUCUAAGAAAAAGCAAACACAAUUUGGGAGUGUUUCGUGUAUAUAUAUUCUCUUCUGUGUUCAGAUAACGCAAUCUUUAAUUUAUUUUUAGUUAAAAUCGAUUAAAAAAUAACGUUGUACUGAGGUCACCCUAAAUUCUGAGUGAGUGACUCUAAGGCGAGUCUUCUCCGAUUUGAUUCGUUCAUCUAUGGAAGCACUUUCGAUCAUCCCUGACACCCAUUCGCUCCUUCUUCGCACUUCUUCUUCUUCUUCCUUCAAAACGCAGCGUCUUGCUUUCCUCAAAACCACUCAACACUCACACUCACGCAUUCUCCCUCUUCGUGUUUCCGCUCUCCCCAACACUGAAGGCGAUGAUGCUAAUGACUUCGCUUUACUUUCUCAGCCUCAGGAUAAUUUAAGCCAUUCUGAGAGUUCUGAAGAAGAUAAAAAUGAACCAUUGCAAAUGGACAUGUCGUGGUCAACUGACACUGCCCCAGGUGGAAGUGGAUCCGGUGGUGGCACCAGAGCUGGACUUUUCAGAACUCCUAUUUCUGGUGGCGUGCAGAGUGCCACCUCUGCUCAUGGUUUACCUAGACCUGCUUUAGCAGUGCGAAAUUUAAUGGAGCAGGCCAGGUUUGCUCAUUUGUGCUCUGUAAUGUCCCGAAUGCAUCACCGACGAGAAGGAUAUCCGUUUGGUUCUCUGGUUGAUUUUGCACCCGAUUCCAUGGGUCAUCCAAUAUUUUCAUUUUCUCCUCUUGCAAUUCACACAAGGAAUUUGUUGGCUGACCCAAGAUGCACACUGGUUGUUCAGAUUCCUGGAUGGAGUGGAUUAUCCAAUGCAAGGGUAACUAUUUUUGGGGAUGUCUAUCCACUUCCAGAAGAGCAACAGGAAUGGGCUCAUAAGCAGUAUAUAGCGAAACAUCAACAGGGUCCUUCUCAACAGUGGGGCAACUUCUACUAUUUUAGGAUGCAGAAUAUAAGUGACAUAUAUUUCAUUGGAGGCUUUGGUACUGUAGCUUGGGUGGAUGUCAAGGAAUAUGAAACCCUUCAACCUGAUAAAAUUGCAGUUGAUGGUGGUGAGCAGUAUUUAAAGGAGCUCAAUGCCAUCUUCUCAAAGCCCCUAAAGAAACUUCUAUCAAAUGAGACUGAGGUAGAUGACGCAGCACUCAUAUCAAUAGACAGCAGAGGCACUGAUAUUAGGGUCCGUCAAGGUGCCCAGUUCAACAUUCAGAGGAUAUCAUUUGAUGAAGGGCAAAGUGUAGAAACAUUAGAAGAAGCUAAAGCUGCUCUUCGGAAAUUAAUACACAAAGGAAAAGUGUACAAUGUGCAGAAAUAAGAUGUUGGAUAUGCGUAUCCUCUCCUCCCAACAAGAGUUGGAACCUGCGAGUUCUAUUCUUUGCCCUUUUUGGACUUUGGUAUUAUAUGAUACCGUGAAGUGUAUUAUAUUCAUGCAACUGCAAGGAGGUUUUGUUAAGGCUGAACAUGAGAGUCUUUUUUGGGUUAUAAUCCCAUUGUUAAAAUAGAAAUAAAAUAUCAGAACUCUGAAGAAAUAAUAGUUUGUUUUUUAUAGC